AUCCGUUAUUCACUCACUUCCGGUGAAUUUGGCGUCUAACAAUUUCCAUUUUUAAAGUAAGAUUCUAAAGAAACUUCCAUAUAAUAGGUGAAAAUAUUAAAACUGUUUGAAGAAGAAUAUAUAGAACAUCGAUAGAGUUUAAGAAUGUCUGGCCUAGCUGCAGGAAGAGAAAAGCGAAGCAAUGCUGGCAGUAAGAUGUCAUCUCUGCUGGAGGCAGAGGAGGAAGAUGAAUUCUAUACAACAACUUAUGGAGGAUUUAAUGAGGAAGAGGAUGACAAGGAAUAUGAAUCUGAGGUAUCAGAAAGUGAUGUAGAUUAUUCCGACAUAGAUAUAGAUGAGGAUGAUGAAGUGAAGAGUGAUAUGGAAGAUGAUGAGCCCAAGAGAAAGAAGAGAGGUGGUGUUAGUACAAAGGCUUACAAGGAACCAGCUGCUCCAAAAACCAGUGAACCAAAGAAAAAACCUGAGAAGAGAAAAUCCAAGCCUCCACCUUCUAUACAGAUUUAUCAGUCUAGUCCAGAAAAGAAAUCUCUUAGAAAAUCAACAUCUGAAAGAUCAAAGGAAAGAGCGGAGAGAGAGAAAGAACGAGAGAUGAAACAAAAAAUGUUAAAAGAGAUUGCAACACAGAAACGAGUGGCGGAGGUUAGAAGACUUACACAGGAGGAACUUCUGGAGGAAGCUAAAAUUACCGAGGAAUUGAACAUGCAGUCUCUAGAAAAUUACCAACGUUUAGAGUUAGAGAAGAAAAGUCGGCGAGCAAUUAAGCAGACACAGAAGGGACCAGUAAUUAGAUAUCACUCACUAACAAUGCCACUGAUUGAAGAAAUUCCAGAUGAUGAUGAUGACAUGGAAGAAUCAGCACACAAAGAGCCUGUUGAUACGGGAGAAAAAUGUGAACGUUCAUUUAUUACAUUUACUGAUGAACGUAUAAUCAAGGACUACUUUCCGGAGAAAAGAUCGAAACCUCCUGUAAAACAGUUUUGUCCAGUUACACGUCUACCUGCCAAAUAUUUUGACCCUAUAACUCAUACUCCAUAUGCUACACUGCAAGCAUUUAAGAUUAUCAGAGAGGCAUAUGCUCAACAGUUACAGAAUGAACCUGUCAAAAAAUCAAGAAACGUUUCUGACUCAUCUGCUGAAAUCACUGUGAAAUGAUGAUAAAGUGUUAUGUGUUUUAUCCACAGGAUCUGCUUGUUGGUCUUCACAAUUUCUGGGCUAAGUUUGUGUAAUGGAAUAGUGUUGAUUUGAAUUAAGAAUUUUCAAGAUAUUUUCAGGGCUUUAGAUAACAGAUUAUCCUUCCUGUUCAGCCAACAAUUUACAGACAGACCAUGCAGAUAACCAAUCUAGCCCAACUCUGUUUUUGUGUUACAGGCAAUUGUGGUACAGGCAAGCAGCUAGCACAUUCAAUGUGUUAAUGCAUGUAUAAUCAUGAAUUGGACAAAUUCAGGUAGAAGGAAGGGACAUAUUUAUCUGCAUCAGUACCAGAUUGAGUCGGCGUUGUAGAAUGUGUUGAUGGGAUUAGCAUAAUGUUCUAUUUUAAAUGAGAUGAUUCUUGAGGUUUUGAUCAAUAUAUAUUAUACAAUAGUUGUUUAUACCUCUCCCAUUUCUACUCAGAUUACAGGCUGUGAUGAAAACUGUAUUAUUGUGUUGACCAGCAUUUUCAAAUAGUAAUAGUUUUUGUUAAAAGACAUUGAGUUUUUUUUCAGCUCCAUAUUUCUUUUAAUUUAUUUUAAUUUACUUAGUACAUGUAGUUAGAUUAGGCCAAUUAGUAAUGACUGUAAGGUACUGAAAUGCAAAGUUGAACAACAGCAAACAAUACAUGUAGCUGUGCAAUGGCAAUAUGUAAACUUUCUAUUUCAACAUACAUAAAAGAUAAUGUGUAUUGGCACUGUUUAAUGCAACUUAUUUUAGUACUGUAAUAAGGAGGUAUGAAUAAAAUGACAUUGCAAAUGA